AUGGCAAGACCAAAUUCUAAAUUAAUAAAUUCCACGUGUAUUGCAAUACGUGGUGAUGAAACAUUAAUAUUUGCUGUAUAUAAUAUCUAUCCGAGUGCGCUUAUUGUUCCUCGUACCGCCAGUAGAAUCCAUGCUCUAAACAAUAAUAUAAUCAUGGCUUAUGCGGGUGAUCAGACAGCUGGGAGAAGCUUGUGUGAGGCUGGUAUGAAGGAGUGCGUUCUUAUGUAUCCUGAUAGUGAUCGCAAUGUAGGACAUAUUGCGAAUUACAUAUUCGGGACGUUGCAUAAGAAUACAUUGUGUGGCAACACUCCAUUAUCGCUCCUAAAUUGUGUUAUUGGCGGAUUCGAUGCUGACAAAUCGUCGAUUUUUAAGGUAAAUAAGAAUAAUGUGGAAGUGGGUGAAAAGGCUGUUGUUAUCGGUUGCGAGGAGAAGAAGGCUCAAAAAUUUCUAGAUCGCUACUCUAAUCACGAUAUUGAUGAAUUAACAGGUAUCAUGCUUGCUUUGGGAUGCUUCAAGCACUGUGGACAAACUGUUGUGAAUAAUAUAGAAGUUGGGGUGUUGAACAAAGGAAAUUUACUAAGAAUGAUCAGUAAAAGCGAUAUUACGGAUUACAUAAAUAACGUGGAGGUUGACAAGUGA